AGGAACGACGUUUCACCGGCGUCUGCUGCCACCAUGAAGAAGAAGGCAGUGGGCGGCAGUGGUUACAGCCGCGUCAGCGCACCCAAGGCUGUCGCGUCCAAGUGCACAAGGAGCAGCAGCCACAACUGUCUGGACCCCGGCACAUCCGCCGCCCCGAGCGGUAAGCAGUCCGGAGCGGCCAGCAACGUUGUGAUGGAUGAGACGGAGGACGGAGAAGAGGAGUCCAAGUUUCAGCAUCCGCGGUUGCGCCGAGCCGGGGGGAGCGGCAGUGGCGGAAGUGGAGGAGGAGGAGGCAGUAUCAGGAUGAAGAACUUUACGCCAGGAGGGGGAGCCGCGUCCUCGGCUUCCAGGAGAAACUCCAACAAGGAGCCCUGCCUUACGCACACAGAGGAAGCUCCUGCCGCCCGACGGCCCUCUGCUGCCUCCAGAGCUGCCGAGACCCAGACACCCUGUGCGGGCGAUGCUGCCCGACGCGGCGAGACCAGCAGAGCAUCUGGGGCGAAGGCGUCAGAAUCAGUGGUCGCUGUCGAGGUUUUAACCGCGACAGCGGGUGAUGUUUGCAACAGCGUCGCUCCAAUUUCCAGCAUGAAAUGCAACAAAAACGGAGAAUGCAGGAGGGACUCGGGUACCGGGAGCCUGCGCUCAAUCAUCUCCAAGCAGGAGAAGCAGACGGGAGGGUCGGGGAGGGCCGAGGACGCAGGGAGCGCCAAGCGUGGAGCCUGUAACUCGACCAGAGCCAGCAUGGACGGCUCGAUCACACCAGGCGGGUCCCUGACCGGGGGGCACGGAGGAGAGAGCGCAAACCCCGGCCAUACCCCGGUGUCCAGCGGUGUCCACGAGAAAAAGGACUCCAAGGUGUCCUUCUCCAACGCACCAAGCCGGAAAGCCUCGUCCUCCCUGUACGGCCCGUCUCAGAACCAGCAGCCCAGGAACUCUGUCACUUUCCUGAAGCCGGAGGAUGGACCGCCGAUUGUGCCCGCCGAAGAUGGGGAACAGGGCAGCCAAGCCAGCUUCAUGCAGCGGCAGUUUAGUAGUAUGCUGCAGCCUGGAGUUAACAAAUUCUCCUUACGCAUGUAUGGUAGUCAAAAGGCGGUGGAGCGGGAGCAGGAGAGGGUCAAAUCAGCUGGAAAUUGGAUUAUCCACCCGUACAGCGAUUUCAGGUUCUACUGGGAUUUCACAAUGCUGCUGUUUAUGGUGGGCAACCUGAUCAUCAUCCCUGUGGGCAUCACCUUCUUCAAGGAGGAGACCACUACGCCCUGGAUCAUCUUUAAUGUGGUCUCGGACACUUUCUUCCUCAUGGACCUGGUGCUCAACUUUCGCACUGGAAUCAUCAUUGAGGACAACUCAGACAUAAUUUUGGACCCUCAAACCAUUAAGAAGACGUACCUUAAGACUUGGUUCAUUGUGGACUUUGUAUCCUCUAUCCCAGUGGAUUACAUAUUCCUCAUAGUAGAGAAGGGAAUCGACUCAGAGGUGUACAAGACUGCGCGGGCCCUGAGGAUCGUCCGCUUCACCAAGAUCCUAAGUCUUCUGAGGCUGUUGAGGCUCUCCAGAUUAAUACGCUAUAUUCACCAAUGGGAGGAGAUCUUCCAUAUGACCUAUGACCUGGCUAGUGCUGUGAUGCGGAUCUUUAACCUGAUCGGUAUGAUGCUGCUGCUGUGUCACUGGGACGGCUGUCUACAGUUCCUGGUUCCAAUGCUGCAGGAUUUCCCCUCAGACUGCUGGGUAUCUCUCAACAAGAUGGAGAACGACACGUGGUCAGAGCUCUACUCCUUUGCUGUGUUCAAGGCAAUGAGCCACAUGCUGUGCAUCGGUUACGGUCGGCAGGCCCCGGAGAGUCUAUCAGAUAUCUGGCUCACCAUGCUAAGUAUGAUUGUAGGAGCUACUUGCUACGCUGUUUUUAUUGGCCAUGCAACGGCUCUCAUCCAAUCCCUGGACUCCUCCAGACGGCAGUAUCAGGAAAAGUACAAGCAAGUGGAGCAGUACAUGUCCUUCCACAAGCUGCCUUCCGACUUCCGACAGAAAAUCCAUGACUACUACGAGCACAGGUACCAGGGCAAGAUGUUUGACGAGGAGAGCAUUCUGGGAGAACUCAGUGAGCCACUCAGAGAGGAAAUUGUCAACUUCAACUGUCGCAAGCUGGUGGCAUCCAUGCCGCUGUUUGCCAACGCGGAGCCAAACUUUGUAACAGCCAUGUUGACCAAGCUGCGUUUCGAGGUAUUCCAGCCACACGACUACAUCAUAAGGGAGGGCACGAUAGGAAAGAAAAUGUACUUCAUCCAGCACGGAGUCUGCAGCGUCAUCACCAAGGGCACCCUCGCAAUGAAGCUCUCGGAUGGCUCUUAUUUUGGAGAGAUCUGUUUAUUGACGAGGGGUCGGCGGACAGCCAGCGUCAGGGCGGAGACUUACUGUCGCCUCUACUCUCUGUCUGUCGACAACUUUAAUGAGGUGCUGGAAGAAUACCCCAUGAUGAGAAGAGCCUUUGAGACUGUUGCCAUUGACCGACUCGACCGCAUAGGUAAAAAGAACUCCAUCCUGAUGCACAAGGUUCAGCAUGAUCUCAACUCUGGUGUCUUCAACAACCGGGAGAAUGAGAUGAUCCAGGAGAUCGUCAAGUAUGACCGUGAGAUGGUGAAGCUGGUGGACCUGCAGCGGCCGCGAGCGAUGUCUAUGACCCCUUCCGUUGGCGGUAUCUUUGCUCCCCCUGGUCAGCCACAGUCAGGCUCUGCUAUCGCCACCCUCCAGCAAGCCGUGGCCAUGAGCUUCUGUCCUCAGAUGGCGAGUCCGUUGGUGGGCCCAGGGACGCUGCAGUCUCCUCGUAUGGUGCGAAGGUUUCAGGUGAUGCAGAGCAUGUCCAGCCCAGUCUCCAUGUCCCCGCUUCAGUCUCAACCACCUCAGACGCUCGGAGGGGCGUUUGGAUCUGCAAUCUCCAGCCCUCCGGUCCAAAGCCCGCUCGCAGCCCCAGGACGGACUUUCCAGUACAUGGCGAGUGCAGGACCCUCUGGGUCCCAGUUGUCUCUAGUUCAGCACCAUGCACCCAGUCCCACACAGACCCAGCAGAGGCAUGCCUCACACAAAAGCACCCACUCCCUUCAUACAGGCAGCUUGAGUCAGGAUACCCGGGUCAUGUCUGCCUCCCAGCUUUCACUCCCCCAGGAGGGAACAACACAAGCUGCCUCUGCAGCCCCCAGUCCUUCGCCCUCUACCCGCACCUCCAACACCUCCAUCGGCCCCCCUCAGCCCUCUCAUUCAGUCAUGCCCGGAUCCUCAGGGGUAGGGAGAUCGGCAGUGGCUCAACAGAGGGUGGCCUUUGCCUCCACACCGCCUCCUGGUGGACCUGCUGGGAUAGGGGCAGUAGCAGCAUCUGCUGGAUCAGGACCUCCAGACUCUGGAGUUCCCAAGAAAGAUUCAAUUGUCAGCCUUCCAGAGCUAGACUCUGCCAGAUCCCGGCUGUCUUCCAACUUGUGA